CCAGGGUUUCUGCAUCAAUCUAUUCAAAGCGGGGCUGCGGUCCGGGUGCACAGAUUGUAAAAGCCAAAGGCCACCAUGGCCAGAGAGUAGAGGCUUGAAACGAAUUUGUUCAAAUUGAGACUUCGCGCUAAUCGUUGAAGAGCUGACUACCGAGUUGACCUAGACCCGUGGACGUUGAUUUUAGCUGGCUGGCUAUCAAGGAAGGACCAAGGAAGCCGGUAAGCAGACAGGAACGUUUACCCAUAAGUUCACAUCAUCAAUCUCCUCCCAACCCGACCCAAAUUUCCAAACACCCAAACCACACCCCAUUUACACACACCAUCUACACACACCAUCUACACACCAUCUACACACACCAUCUACACACACCAUCUACACAUACCACCCGCACACACCAACCAUGGCGGCCCGGUAUCGCCAGACCGCGUCUGCCUCCUCGAAGACACCAUCUUCCUCAGCCCCUGAGGUCGUAAAAUCGGAGAAGUCCGCAUCCAAUGAUAGCGCGCCAGCCCUUUCAGUGAUCGAUGUAUUACGGAUACUGGCGGGUAUGUUAGUACUGAGCUGUGGCAUGAGCUAUCUAUCUACAUCGGGGGAGUCGAUGACAUGGGGAUACAAUCCUUGGUGGACUCGAGCUAGGGAGUGGAAGGCUUUGUGGCAAGGUGGCGUCUUCCUAACCGACGACCAACUCCUCGCAUAUGACGGCACCGACCCCAAAAAACCCAUCUACCUCGCCCUCAACGGCACCAUAUACGAUGUCUCUGCCUCGCCCCAGACAUACGGCCCCGGCGGGUCCUACCACUUCUUCGCGGGCCGCGAUGCCGCCCGCGCCUUCCUUACAGGAUGUUUCCAGGAAGAUUUGACGCCGGAUUUGAGGGGUGUGGAACAGAUGUACAUGCCCGUUGACGCCCCGCUGGACGACACGGCAGGCGAGAAACACACGGAAGCCCAAUCCUACGACCCAGUGGCCGGAAAGGAGACCCAAGUCGCAGAUCCAAAUGAUCCCGCUGAGCAACACCGGAAAGCCAGAAGUCAUGAUAAGCGGCGCACACCGCUCUCAAAAUCGCAGAUCAAGAAUCGCCAUGCGCAAGAGCUGCGGAAGGCGAGGAAGCAGGUCAAAGAGGGCCUUGAGCACUGGCAUCAGAUGUUUCGAGGUGAUAAGGGGAAGCCGUAUUUCAAGGCGGGAGAGGUGGUGAGGGAGAAAGGGUGGCUGCAGAAACUCGAGAAGAGGACAUUGUGUGAGCAUGCGGAGAAGAGUCGGCCUGUCAGGAAAGAUGUGGAGGAGUAGAAGGCAUUUGACGGUAAAAUAGAUGGCGAGGGUUCUAAAAAUGGGAGAAAGUUGCGAAGCCAAUAUAGGAUAGGAUGGAGGUAUGAAAUAGACACAACGAACUUGACAUGUAAACUAGCAGAACGCCACGUACCUGAGACUUCAAAAUGAUUCAACGC